UGGUUAGACAUCUCAUUCUGGAGGAAAUCCCUCACACAAACACAGUCACACAGUGUUUUGGACUAUGGCUUCAACCACUUCAGGUGAUAUUAUGCCCACGGGCGGCAGGAUCUUCACCACCGUUCCUGACCUCUUCUUCAUCCCUGAGUUUGUGUUUGGUGGUUUAGUUUGGAUCCUUGUGGCGUCCACACAUGUCAACCCACCAAACCCCCUGGGCUGGGUGAUGUUUGUGUCGGUGUUCUGCUUCGUUUUCACCACACUCUGGUUCUUUAUUUUCCUCUGUGGUGGCAAUCAGAACAGCGUCUGGCCCACCCUGGAUGUGGUUUAUCAUUUUGUGGCAGUGGUUUUCUUCCUCAGUGCAUCAGUGGGCCUGGCCUCUGUCACCAUCGGAAACGGGCGACUUGCACUUGCUCCUGAUUCACUCAAAAUCUACCGACUGGACAUCGCUGCAGUGGUGAUGUCUUAUGUGGCCACGCUUCUGUACUUCAUCCAUGCCAUUUUCUCUGCCAUCCGAUGGAAGAGGUCCUAAAAACAAAGUCAGUCCGAGAUCUGGAACAAUUCAGGUUAACAAAUCAUAACUACCAACUACCUUGUUGGACAAAAAAAGAGAAUGAUUUUUUUAGAGUGAAAGUUGGAUAAUAUUAUUUUGUCAAAAUAAUUUUGACUCAAGUUCCUCACUGGUGUAGUGGUCCCUGGAGAAGUGGGUAUACUCUCAAUUUUGUGCCCCCCCCCC